CCAUGCACUCAGACAUUUCAACAUUAUAUAUGGAGCUUUAACAAACUCUACCUUGCAAUCUUCUAUAAACCACAAUCUAUCUCUUAUUGUCUAUAAAAAAUCACAAACUUCAACGUUAUUUUUUUUUAUAAGGAAAAGAAACCAGGUUAACCUCUUUGGGACCAGAAAGCACGAAAUUCAAUUCAACCUUAAAUUUCUCGAAAAAGUCAAAUUUUUUUAAAGAGUAUGGAAGUAGAGAUCAUUUCUAAGGAAGCUCUAAAACCCUCAAAACCAACCCCAUCACAUUCCAAACUACACAAACUAUCUGGCCUAGACCAACUCUCACCUAGCAUCUAUGUUCCCAUCUUGUUAUUCUACCACGCGCCGCCACCACCACCGCCGCCUUCGGAACCUUCCGAACAUGCUACCCUAUCUUCACACUUGAAAAACUCACUCUCAGAAACCUUAACUCUUUACUACCCUUUUGCAGGGAAGGUGAAAGACGGUGUUUGUAUCGAUUGUGAUGACGAGGAGGGGGUGGUUUUCGUGGAAGCGCGUGCAAAGAACAACCUUAUCGAUGUCUUAAAUAGGCCGAAACUCGAGGUGUUGAACACCCUCUUCCCUGGUGGUUUGCAGUGGAAGAGUUCGAAGAAUUUGAGUGUUUUGGCUGUGCAAGUUAGUUACUUUGAUUGUGGUGGUAUGGCUAUUGGUAUAUGUAUGUCACACAAAAUUGCAGAUGCUUGUACCAUUUUUACAUUCCUCAAUGAUUGGGCUUACAUUGCUAGAACAUCUGGGGAGAACUUAUCAUCAAUCUGCGCAUUGCUCAACACAGCAUCAUCAAUAUGGCCUCCUAACAACCAAUCCAUCAUCCCAGAACUCGAAUUCACGACAUCCAACGUCGUUACAAGAAGAUACGUAUUCAACCCAACAAAAUUAUCGGAGCUCAAGGCGGCAGCGGCGGCGGCGGCGGACACCAUAGCCGCCGCCUCCAACAACUCAAAAGCCAAACCCAUACAAAACCCAAGUCGUGUCGAGGUCGUAACAUCACUCAUAUACAAAACCAUCAUCCAAUCUAACAAAAAAAUCCACCCACGUGGCUUGGUGACGUCAUACUCGUUAGCCCAAACGGUCAACAUGCGUACCAGAAUGGUCCCACCAUUGCCGAAAAACACCGUCGGAAACAUAGUUUGGUAUUUCCCAGUGAUGAUCAAGGAAGAAGAUGAUAUAAGUCUGGGAACACUGGCGGCGCGUAUGAGGGACGCGCUUAUGAAUUUAUGCGAGUUUGCUAGGAAUGUUGAAGGGGAAAAAUGGCUUUUAAUGGCGGGAAAGAUAGGUGUUGAUGGUGAACAUAGUAUGGAUGAUGCGUAUACUUUUAGUAGUUGGUGUAAACACCCUGUUUAUGAUGUGGAUUUUGGGUGGGGGAAGCCUGUGUGGGUUAGUACUGCGGUUUAUCCUUAUAAGAAUAAUGUUGUUAUGAUGGAUUGUAAAGAUGGUGAAGGGGUUGAAGUUUGGGUUACUUUGGAUGAAGAUUUGAUGUGUGUGUUUGAAGGUGAUGAGGAGUUUCUUAAGUUUGCUUCUUUCAAUCCAAGUAUUUGAAACAUAAUUGAAAUUAGGGAGUUUGUGGUUGUAUGAUGGUGAAGUUUGUGAGGUUUAAUUUACAUUUUGUCUUGUACCCUUGAAUAAAUUAUGCUUAGUAAUUGAAAUGCAUGAUGCAUAAUCCAGGACGCAAAUACUUCCUGUGUUCUUUUUUGAUCACAAGGUUUUGAGUUAAUUUGUCGAUAAUACACAACUUUGACCAUUAAUAUAUGUGAUAUGAUUGAUAUCUAUU